AUGUUAUUUCUCCUUCUCUUAGGAGUCAUUCCUGCAUAUAGGGCUGUCUUCAUUUGUCCAAAAGAUGGGCUUUAUCCUUAUCAGAGUGACUGUUCCAAGUUUUACCACUGUGCUGCAGGAUUUCCAUAUCUAAAAAGCUGCCCGGCUGGGCUUUUUUUCAAUGCCCUGGUUAAUGCGUGUGACUGGCCAGAGAAUGUAGAAUGUGCUGAAUCAACCAGUUCGACAACCAGUCUAACCUCUCCUAUUUCGACUGAUUCAACCACACCAGAAUCAAUGACAACGUAUAAACCACCACCAAGUGGGAGUAACCUUUUCAAGAUUGUGUGCUACUUCACUAACUGGGCCUUUUAUAGACCGGGGAUCGGAAAGUUUCUUCCUGAAGAUAUUGAUCCCACCCUCUGCACUCACAUCAAUUACGCCUUUGCCAUUUUGGAUCCUUCCACAAUGACGCUGAAACCUCAUGACACCUGGGCUGACCUCGACAACAGUUUCUACAAGAGAGUUACAUCACUCAAACUGAAAAACCCUUCUUUGAAAGUCCUACUGUCAAUCGGAGGAUGGACAGACAGUGCUGGAAACAAAUACUCGCGUCUAAUUAGCAGCGCCUCCUUGCGACAACAGUUUAUUAACCACGUGGUGCCUUUCCUAAAACAGUAUUCAUUUGACGGUUUAGAUCUUGACUGGGAAUAUCCAGUGUGCUGGCAGACUCAGUGUGAAAAUGGACCAACCGCAGACAAACUGAACUUUGCUAAGUGGGUUCAGGAGCUUCGAAAAGCUUUUAAUGAACACCAUCCGCGGCUUCUUCUAACAGCAGCUGUAUCAGCCAGUAAACGGAUUAUUGACGCAGCUUAUGACGUUGGAUCAUUAUCUAGGAAUUUGGAUUUUAUCAACAUUAUGUCUUACGACUACAGUGGCUCACGUGACAAAGCAACAAAACAUCACUCGCCACUUUACUACCACCAGAAGGACAAAGACCCAGACUUUAAUUCAAAUUUUUCAAUGAACUACUGGCUACAUAAAGGAGCUACACCUACAAAACUUGUAAUGGGUAUUCCAUUUUAUGGAAGAUCCUUCACUUUGUCUAAUCCAAGCAGCAGUGGUUUGAAUGCUCCCGUGAAAGGCAAAGGAUUACCUGGAACGUAUACACGGGAAGGCGGGUUUCUUUCUUAUUAUGAGAUAUGUUCUAGAAUUAAGAUCCAAGGAUGGAUAAAGAAGACGGACCCUGCGACUGGACCUUAUGCUUAUGGAAUGAACCAAUGGGUAGGCUACGACGACCCUGCAUCUGUGGCAAGAAAAGCACAAUAUAUCAUAGAUAAAGGAUUUGGAGGAGCAAUGAUGUGGUCUCUUGACUUAGACGACUUCAAAGCGUCUUGCUGUAAAGUAAGAUUUCCGCUGCUGAAAACUAUUAACUACGUUUUACGUGGUUCGCCUCGAAAUCCAUCAGAACUUGGCUGUGAAUGA